AUGUUGAAAAGACCAAACGGUAUGAAACCAACACAUUUAUGGCAUUUGACUCCACAAAAGGAUUUCCUUUCUGUUAUAAAAGACCGUCUCACAGCACGAGAAAAUAUAGAAGAAAGAAGUAAGAAAGAUUUUCUGCAAAUGGUAGCCAUAGUCGUAGGUUCAGCAAUGGCUGUAUUCUAUUCAUUUGGUCAUUUCAGUCCGAAGAGACAUGUUACAAAAAUUAUAAAAUCUGACAUCUGUAACGAACUUCCACCACAAACUAAAUGUAAGAAAUCGGAUAGCUUAGAACCAUGCAAACCA